AUGCAAUUUAAAUUUAAUCCCACUAAUGUUUGUACAUUUCCGACAUUAGUGCUCAGUCGUUAACACGUGGCAUAUGUGAGAGCUGUUGGACAGAAAUUGUUUUUUUUUUUUUAAUAUGGAAGAACAGAACGGUAAUGUCACAGCGAAAAAAACGAAAUCUAAAGGGGAGCGUCGACGAAGCCGACCCGAUGCAGAUUCCGCGAAAGACGAAAUAAAGAAAUUCAAAGAGAAUCUUCUGCAAUCAGUGGCCACCGGGGAGAGCAAUAUAGCUGAUAAUGAAAUGGAGACUCUACCGAUGCCAGAGCGACCGCGAUCCCGCUCGGCGUCCCGAGCUCGCGAGGCUCUCUCGCUACCCGCCAACGUUUUAGCUGAACUGGAUGAAAAUAAGGUGUUCGAGCUAAAGGAGGCAUUCUUGUUAUUCGACCUUGACGGCGACGGUUGCAUCGACUACAAUGACUUGCGCGGAACCCUUGUCAGUCUGGGGGGCAAAGUGGAUGAUCAAGCCGUUCGCAACAUGCUCGCUGAGGCACCAAAUCCACUUGACUUCGAUGGGUUCGUGAACCUCCUUGGCUACAGGACACUUGAAUUGGAUUCUGAAGAGACGCUAGUAGCUGCCCUAUCUCGUUGGGAUAAGGAUAAUAUUGGACUAAUACCUGAAGAAAGCAUCAGACACGACCUCAUGACGUGGGGCGACCGCUUCACCGAGAAAGAAGUGGAUUACGCCUUAGACGAAGCCCCCGUUGUUCACAAGGAUGGCAACAUUAUGAUCGACUACGUACGAUUCUGCAGCCAAUUGUGCGGCCUCAGAAAACCGAAUAAAACCAACCAAUAAACUUCGAAGCCAAUAGCUCAUUCGAACGUAUUGAAAUAAACUUCAUGUUAUUGUUAUGCGAAUAUGUUCAGUAUGUCAAUUUGAAACUGGUUUAAAUUCGAAUAAAGCUUUUAUUUGUAUUAUGUUUA